CCCUAUCUCUCCCGUCUCUUCGCCGCCACCAGCCAGACAUCCAGGCUCCUCCGCUCCUGCCCUCGUACCACCGCACGCGCUCCGCUCUCGUCUGGAUUCCGCCCAUUGGCUGCCUCUCGCACUUUCCGCUCUAGCAUGUCUACUUUUGCCAAUGGCGCCCCUCUGAACGCAAAACCACUCGAGGCCCACGGCAACUUCGAUCUCAUCAAGAAGUUCAAGCUAGACUUUGCGGACAUUCAUGUGUCCAAAUGGAAGAGCCGAACCUCUGGUCUCUCUGUGGUGCACCUGGACUACGAUGCCCCCCUCGUGAACGGAUAUUUCGUCGUCGGUACCGAGAUCUUCGAUGACAGUGGAUGCCCUCACACACUAGAACAUCUUGUCUUCAUGGGCUCAGAGAAGUACCCUUACAAGGGAAUCAUAGACCACUUGGCAAAUCGCGGAUUCUCAAAUGGAACAAAUGCUUGGACAGACACAGACCACACUGCAUACACCGUUUCUACUGCCGGAGAACAGGGCUUCCUACAGCUGCUUCCGAUCUACGUCGACCACAUCCUGUACCCCACGCUUACUAAGGCCGGUUACAUUACAGAGGUUCACCACAUAGAUGGCCAGGGCGAAGAUUCUGGUGUCGUUUACAGCGAGAUGCAAGGCCGCGAGAACACGUCCGGGGACCUCAUGGCGCUGCGGAUGCAGCGACUCCUGAAUCCUCCAGGUAGCGCCUACCGUAGCGAGACCGGAGGUCUCAUGGAGGCUCUUCGCGUACUGUCAGUGGAGCAAAUCCGGAAAUACCACCACACAUACUAUGUCCCGCACAAUCUCACCCUCAUCGUCUCCGGCAAGCUCGCAUCCGGCACCGCGUCCCUGCUCGACGUCGUCCAAAACCAGGUCGAGCCCAGCAUUGUGGCGCACGGGCAGAACCAGGGCGCGAAGCCACCAGGCUGGAAACGUCCAUUCGUCGAGACCGUGAGUGCAGCGCGGAAGCCUAUCGCGGCGACGGUCAAGGAGACAGUCGAGUUCCCGGAGAAGGACGAGAGCGUCGGCGAGCUCCAAAUCGGCUUCCUCGGCCCGCCACCCACCGCGUUCCUCGAGCGCAAGGCCCUCGACAUCCUCGGAACGUACUUGACCUCAUCUGCGGUCGCGCCACUGAACAAGGAGUUCGUCGAGAUCGAGAACCCGCUGUGCACGUACAUCUACUUCGGCGAGGACACGCGCGCGACGUACGUCGACCUGCCCGUGUACGUAGGCUCGAUCCCGACAGAGCACCUCGACACAUUCGACGAGAAGCUGAAGGCGAGCCUGCGCCGGAUCGCCGAGCAGGGGCUCGACAUGGGUAGAAUGGCGAUGGUCAUCAACCGCGACGAGCGGCAGCUGCGCAGCAAGGUCGAGUCCUCGCAGGGCGACACCUUCUCGGGCAACGUGAUCACGGACUCGCUCUACGGCGCGGAGAACGGCGCGGACCUCGCGCCGUCGAUGGACGAGAUCAACCAGUACGCGGAGCUCAAGCGGUGGACGAACGACCAGUGGAUCGGCGUCCUGCGCAAGUACUACGUCGACCCCCCGAGCGUCGUCGUGCGCGGGCGGCCGUCGGGCGAGAUGGCGGACAGGCUCGAGCAGGCGGAGAAGGCGCGCGUCGCGGCGCAGAAGGCGGUGCUCGGGCCCGCGGGGCUGGCGGAGUGCGAGCGCGUGCUCGAGGAAGCGAAGAAGGAGCACGAGGCGGAGAUCCCGACGGAGAUUCUGAAGGCGUUCCCCGUGCCCUCUGUGAAGAGCAUCUCGUGGAUACCCGUGCAGAGCUUCCAGGAGCCCGUCAAGGGCAAGGGGCGUGCGCCGGUGGUGGCGCAGGGCAAUACGGAGCUUGCAAAGCACAUCGAGCAGGACGGCGCGCCGUUGCCGUUCUUCGUCCAGUACGACCACGUCAAGUCCGACUUCGUCACUGUACACGCGUACUUCUCUCUUGCGAAGCUCCCCGACCGCCUGCGUCCGUACAUGUCAACCUACCUCUCCGCGUUCUUCUCGCUUCCCGUGAAGCGGAGUACGGGCGAGAAGCUGAACCACGAGGAGGUCGUGCACCGGCUCGACAGCGACACUGUCUCGUACGAGGUCGCGCUCGGCGUGAACAGCGUGUUCACCGAGACGGCGCGCGUGAGCAUCAAGGUCGAGACGGCGCAGUACGAGCACGCGAUCGCGUGGUUGAAGGACCUCGUCUACGGCAGCGAGUUCGACAAGGACCGUCUGCAGGUGACCAUCGCAAAGAUCCAGCAGUCGCUCCCGGAGAUGAAGCGUGACGGAGACACUGUUCUUAGCUCGGUCUCUGCUGAACUGCUCUACGACGCGAGCUCGACCUCGCGCGUGGGCAGCGUCAUUCCCCAGAUCGACUUCAUCCCGAAGCUCUCUCAGGAGCUGCAGGAGACCCCCGCGGCAGUGCUCAAGGACUUCGAAGAGAUCCGGCGGUACUUGACGGACCCGAGUGGCGUGCGGGUGUCGGUGAACGGAGACAUUCUCGCCCUCAAGGAGCCUCGGAGCGCGUGGGCACGACACUUCGGCCAGACGUUGCCGCCGAGCGAGCUUGCGCCGCUCCGUAUGGCCGUCGACACCCUCAGCUCCGUCGGCAAGAACCCCGUCAAGAAGGCGGUUGUUGUCAGCCUGCCCACGAUUGAGAGCUCGUUCGCCACGCACACCGCGAAGGGCGUCCAGGGCUGGGCGCAUCCCGAGUACCCCGCCAUGCGCGUCGCGGUCGAAGUCCUGAACGCGACCGAGAGCUAUCUCUGGAGAUACAUCCGUGGCUCUGGCCUGGCAUAUGGCGCGCACUGCGGGCUUGACCUUGAAGCCGGUCUACUGAGCUUCUCGCUGUACCGCAGUUCGAACAGCAUGGAGGCGUUUAAGCAGGCGGCGAAUGUCAUCAAGGGUCUCACCGAUGGAUCGAUUGCCCUCGAUGAGACAGUUCUCGACGCCGCGAAGAGCAGCAUCGUGUUCGGCGUCGCCAAGAGCGUGUCCACACCAGGGCGCGCGGCGCUCAUGUCCUUCAUCAACCAAGGCCUCAAGGGCGUCUCGCAGAACUUCAACGUCGAGCUGCUCGAGAAGUUCCAGGAGAUCACGAAGGACGACGUGCUCGCGGUCCUCAAGCAGUACUUCCUCCCGCUCUUCGACUCUGCGUCAUCUGUCGCGGUCAUCGUCACCGCACCGUCCAAGGCGGAGCAGGUCGCGCAGGACCUCGGCAAGGUCGGCUUCGACGUCGAGCAGAAGUCGCUGCAAGUCGAGGCGGACGAGGACAGCGAGGAUUCGGACAGCGAGGGGAGUGAGAGCGACAGCGCGAGCGACCGAUAGUCUAUACGUAUACCGCCUAGUGCCUCUAGUAAUAUGUAGCAUUAUGUCAGUCCUGCGCAGUGGGGACAGGGGAAUUGUAGCAUCCAGCUCAUGACUAGCUAUUGCUUGGUGGAGGCGCAUUGGUCUCCUCCGUUGGCGCAGCGGAAACGGUCGCGGCGACGGCGUCCGUCGAUGUAGAUUGCUCUCCA